AUGGCAAUCCGGCAGAGAAAGUCACAAGCGGGAUUAACUAAUCAAGUUGGUUCCUCGGUACAACCGAAUCCGAAACCGGUUAACCACGUCAACCCUGAUGAUCCCAUAGUUCAUCAGGGGCCGGUUAAUCACGUCAACCCUGUUGAUCCUAUGGCUCAUCAGGGGCCGAUUAAUCAUGUCAACCCUGUUGAUCCCAUAGUUCAUCAGGGACCGGUUAACCACGUCAACCCUAUUGAUCCCAUGGUUCAUCAGGGAAUGGCUCAACACAACAAACCUCCCCGUCAACCGGAAAUGGGAGAUCCUGAACGUUUUGCGGCGAUGGCAGCACAAAUCGAAGCCCUAACUCGGCUGAACGCAGAACUCCUCUCACGGAUGUCCGAGCAAUCUCGUCGCGAGGAAACUCGUGGUAGGCGAGAUGAAGAAGAGCACAACAGUCGAGCUAACACUCACAACCAGCCCGGAGGAGGACACCAAGAGGACAAUUUUGAACAGUAUGCGAACAGGAAGGAGGAAAACCGAAUGGAUGAUGGCAAAAUCGGCAGUACCCAGGAUAGGGAUGACGAACUCAGCCGAAGGAUGGCAGAGUUUGAGAAAAAAAUCGCUAACUUGGAGAUGGAACGAAAGAAUAAAGGGAAGGACAUCUUUGUGGAGAAGAUGUUGCAAGGAACUGGUUCCCCCUUUUCUCCACGUGUGGAAGGAUAUCGGUUACCUGAAAAAUUCAAAGCCCCUUCUAUGAUGAGUUAUAAGGGUGUCGGAGACCCAGUCGAACACUUAGAAGAUUUUCGAUCACAUGUGCGCCUCCUUGGCAUCCCAGAUGAAGUGGCUUGUCGGGCCUUUCCCCUCACUUUGUCAGGAAGUGCUCGGAACUGGUUCAGGAAGCUAUCCCCGGGCUCAAUUGACAAGUUUGAAGACCUAGGCCGGGUAUUUUUAACUCAGUUUAUGACUUCACGGACCCGGAAGAAACCCCCGUCCUAUCUGCUGACUCUGAAACAGCGCAAUGAUGAAACCUUGAAGCAGUUCAUAACGCGGUUCAACCUGGAGAAGACAGAAAUUGAAGAACCUUCAGACGACCUCGUAUAUUCGGCAAUCUAUCACGGGCUCUUAACUAAAGAACCGGUAAUGAAGAAGAUGGCGCGAAGACCGCCGAGUAAUCUCCAAGAACUAAUGAGCAAGGUAGAAGAGUUCAUUAAUGAAGCUGAUGUCCUAGAAGCGAUUGAUAGCACAAGAAACCCGGAACAGAGAAUUGAAGUCAAGAGGAAAGAAGAAAGGAAGAAAGAAACCCGGAAGACAGUAGAAGAACUUAAGCUCCCAAAAAAGAAAUUCCGAGACUAUGGUUUCACACCUCUCAAUGCGGGAAUUUCAGAAGUAUUAAUGGAGGUCAAGAAGGAUCCGGAGUUUGUACGGCCACCAAAGAUACCGGGUAGUCCUCCCGAGAAGAACAAAGAUCGAUACUGCGAUUUUCAUGAAGCUAGGGGUCACUACACCGAAGGAUGCAUAGCGCUGAGGCUAUUGAUUGAGAAGCUCAUCAAAAACGGUAAGCUGGUUCAAUUCCUAGGGGAUCACAGGGAUCAACCAAGGAAUAACCGGGGCAACCGGCCUUACAACAAUCGUGACCGGGAACACCGUCCUCGAGGCCGCCCGCGCCAAGCUGAGAGAGGCAGGGAGAAUCACCCACGAGGGGACAGCCCACAAGAGCGCAAUCAAAGAGAGAGGAGUCGUAGCCGACAACAUGGAGGGCCGGAAAACCAGAUCAUAAUAGGAGAGAUCCGAACAAUUGCUGGAGGAUUUUCCGGGGGAGGAGAGUCUAAUCGUGCAAGGAAGGCUUAUGCGCGACAAGCAGGAAGUCAAGAGGUAUGGGCGGUCGAAAGGCCAAUGAAAGUUCAGAAAAAAGAGUCUUUAAUGAUCGGAUUCUCAGACGAGGACUAUGAAGGGAUAUCUUUCCCUCAUACGGAUGCUCUGGUAGUUACUUUAGCUGUGGCCAACCAUAAUAUGCACAGAAUUUUGGUAGAUAACGGAAGUUCAGCUGACAUCUUGUACUGGCCAGCUUUCAAACAGCUCAACAUAGGCCAAGAAAAGGUCGGAACAGCGAAAUUCCCAUUGGUAGGAUUCGCAGGUGAGCAGAUUCAACCAGUUGGUACGAUCGACCUUCCGGUGACAGCCGGCACUAUCCCUAAUCAGGCGACGAUAAUAGUAAAAUUCUUAUUGAUUGACCGGCCUUCGGCAUACAACGCCAUCAUCGGCAGAGCAGCACUCAAUGAGCUCAGGGCAAUAACAUCAACUCCUCAUUUAAAGAUGAAAUUUCCUACUGAUCACGGGGUCGGAGAAGUCAAAGGAGACCAGCGAGCAGCCCGCCAGUGUUAUAACGUGACUAUGAAAGACGUCCCCGGGAAGGCUACUCUCGGAACCGGGUGUAGCAGUGGUGAGAAAUAG